AUGCAGCGCGACGUGUACGCCUCGCUCAUUAAGAAGCGGCACAAGCAGAUGAUUCCGCUGCUCAUCCAUCAGGUCUCCGGCGACGUCACUCGCGAAAACAUCUUUGAUGAGGUCUUCAGCGGCUACAAGCUCCGGCGCAUUGUGCUCAUGACGCACAUGUCUGCCAGCCCCCCCUCAUCGCCGCGGCUGCCACGCGACGUCAUUGUGUCGGACUUUGCGCAGCUCAAGGCGAUUCAUCAGCCGCACUUUCAUUACAAGCUCCUCCCACUGCUCUGCACCGACGUCGAGGCGCUUGCGGCAAUGCAGGGGAUAUGUGCGAGCGCCAACUCCCCCUUCACUAUCGAAGACCGCAGGGACCCACAGGGGCUGACGCACCGUCUCUCAAACGGCUGUGCCGAACGGCAGGCAGUGUGUGAUUUCUUUGCGGAACACAUUGCACCGCCAGAGCGCGACGUGCCCGUGUUUUCACGCAAGCUGCCCAUCGCCGCGGUGACGUUUGACGGCGUGCUGCUCACGAAAAAAGCAACUGCGGCGAUGGGCAAAGUCGCCGCCCUGCUGACCGUGCAAGAGGCGGCUACGGAGAAGGUCAUCACAGAACGCGCGCUCAUGCGGGACUUCUUUAACAGCCCGCUGUACACAAAACUGGGCGGCAACAGCGACUUGGCGCAGGCGGUGCGUCUGGCGCGGCAACAGCUGCACUUUCUGGCCGUGAAGCGGCCGGUUGGGACGGAUGGGGGGUGCCGACGGAGUUUGCUGCGGUCUGCGGCGGAGAAGCAGCUUUUCGUCUUUGAAAAGGUGGCCGAUGAGUACCACUUUGCCCACGUGUAG